AUGACACGUGGCACGUUACCUUGGAGAAAUGUAACUGAUCGCGCGGCUGUUCAAAAAGCCAAAGAGCUAGCAAGAACCACUGGAAGAGUUCAGUUUUUAUUCGAAACACCUCAACAAUUUGAUAAGAUUUUGACUAUAAUUGAUGGAUAUGCUUUCGAAUCAGCACCGGAUUAUGGGGCGAUUUCUAAAAUUCUGGCCGAAAUUCGCGAGGAGCGUCAUUUUCGUGAUCGUGAACAUUGGGAUUGGGAAGAUGAGACAGUUUCGACGACGGUUACUACGGUCACCUCAUUUUCGGAUAAAGAAUGUCGAGCGGCUGAUAAAUGCUCGAAAUAA